ACAAGUCACAACAGUAAAAAAUAAAUUAAAUCAAAAGAGAAAGUAAAGUCGGGAUGAGACGCGAGAACCACGGCGAUUGUCUGCAACAUUUGCUCAACCUCUCUCUCCUUUAAUGAUGAUGCCAAUUUCCUUUGAUAAAUAGCCUUAUUCAACAAGCCACUGAUAAUACACCUUCGGUGCAGUUUGAGAAGGGACCAUCUAGAAUAAUUAUCAGAGGAAAGUCUAAAUUUUGAUCACAGAUUACUUAAAAUGUCUAGUGCAAGCAUCAUGGUUCAGAAUAUUGAAGUCUCUGAUAGUAAUAAUGGAUGCAGUAUUAGAGUGGGAACAACAGGCACCAUUGGAUCUCUAAUGAUCAAAGAGUUGGAGUCCAUGAAGAUCUCCAACCCCCAACAAACAUCAAUGCCCAAUAGAAGAAGGUCUCCAACAAAUCCAGUCUCUGUUCUUUGUGGUGGAGUCGGAUACAAACAACAGCCUCUUAAACCAGGCACCAGUACUGGAAGCAGCCAAAGAAGUCCUGCGAAUAAAACCCCUCAAAAACCCAAUCGAAAAACCCAAAAAUUUCCUAAAAACAACCCAAAAGCAGAGCAUCAUAUUCCAAUGCUCAGCUCUGAUGCUGCAACAGAUUCACAGUGUUAUAGAAAGAAGUCAAACAAAAAGACUUUGGCUUCCUCGUCUACUUCUGAUUCGGCUUCGUCAUAUGGGGCUUCUUGUUCGAGCUCAGGGAGUUUCAUUGUUGAGGUUGUCGACCUCAAAUGCAGCAGUAGCAGCCCAGACAAGAUUUGGGCUGCACCGAUAACCAGUCGUCUUCGGAAGCUUAGCUUUUCAAGGCUCUCUAAUACUGUAUGAGACUCUUUAGAAUCCAUUAAAAAGCUAAAGCCUUUAGAAACCCACAGUCUUCAAUUACCUGUUUUUUAGCUAUCUGUGCAAUUUCUUCACGUCCACCUUCAAGUUCGUGUAACAAAAAUCAGGGAUCCUCUCCGGUCUUGUAUCAACCGCCACAUCUGCAAGUGAACAGAUGCUCGGUAAAAAUCUGCUCCCUCCCUUCUUUUUCUUCUUUUGGGUCCUCACCACAGUCUCAAGAGAUCCUAUUUUGGAUCCAAAACUUUCCAUUGAAGAAGGUAUUAUCGGGAGCUGCUUCUUAUGGUGGUCGACACUCCUGAAAUACUCGA